GCCUCACUGCAGGGGCUUUCCAUCAUGGCGUCUAUGCAGAAGCGACUACAAAAGGAGUUGCUGGCAUUACAAAAUGAUCCGCCUGCUGGAAUGACUCUCAAUGAGAGAAGUGUGCAGAACACAAUCACUGAGUGGUUUAUAGAUAUGGAAGGUGCUCAAGGUACUGUUUAUGAGGGGGAGAAGUUUCAGCUGCUCUUCAAAUUCAGUAGUCGAUAUCCUUUUGAAUCACCUCAGGUUAUGUUCACCGGAGAGAAUAUACCCGUCCAUCCGCACGUCUAUAGCAACGGUCACAUCUGUUUAUCUAUUUUAACGGAGGACUGGUCUCCAGCUCUGUCUGUGCAGUCUGUUUGUUUAAGCAUUAUUAGCAUGCUGUCAAGCUGCAAAGAAAAGAGACGUCCUCCAGAUAAUUCUUUUUAUGUAAAGACAUGUAAUAAGAAUCCAAAGAAAACUAAGUGGUGGUAUCAUGAUGAUACAUGCUAGUAUCCUCAGCUUUUCAUAUAUAAAUAGACUUUUCCAAGUGCAUCAAGUACUUUAUGAUACAGUCUUUGGGUUAAGACUGAACCAGCAGACUCUGGGAUGGUGGUUAAAGUGUGGAUUAGGCAUACACGUUUGCUGACUGGAAAAAGUGCAUAAAAACUGCAGGAAUGUAACCCACCCGGCUAUCAUGUUAUGAUGGAAGCAAGAUGUGGAUUUUUUUUUUUUUUUCAUUUGGUUAUGUUUGUUUUAUAGUUCAUUUGUUUUUUCAUAAGCCUCUAAGGGUUUUCAUUGUUUGUGCAAUAAUAAUAAUGUCAGUGUGGGUGUGGAAUAUAAGGAAAGUCAAAGAAGCAACUAUUGUAAUGGAUCAGUAAUCAUAAGCCUUUCUAUUCCUGCUUGGUUAUGCACUGUGAAUCUCGAACAGGGCAAAUUUGUUCAUGCAUAUUUUAGCCAUUUUAUGUUGAAUUUUGUAGCUGGGUGUGGUGUAUAAUAAUGUUCUGAUAAAUGUUACAGAUAUGUACAGAUUAGAUAAGGGGUGCUGAUCAUAUUAUGUGAUCUUGAAUUACACAACGAUUAUGGGUUAAAAUUGAAGCACUGGUUUUAUAGGUAGACCAACAAUUUGUGUAGUAAAAGCCAGAGAUAACUUUAGGCAUAAUCACUUUAUCUUUUAUGUGAAGCUCUGUCUAGUUCUAUUAUCAGUUUGAUUUUAAUGGUUGUAUCCUGCUGUGCUGGGAAUGAUUCUUCAUUGUUUUCCAUGCCGUUAGCUUUAGGAAACAUCCAGUUUGUCUUCAUUGUUUUGUUCUAUCUUUAUUUAAUAACUUUAUUUAAGAGAAAAGUUCUUAUUAAAGUAAUAUAUUUUGAAAAGCUGUCAUGUAUUUCAAUUAGACUGCAUUAGAAAUGUACAUUGGCUGACUUGAAAAAUGGGUUGGUAUUAUUGAAGCAAGUAAAUUGCACACUUCACCAUUAAAGGGAUAGUUCACCCAAAAAUGAAAAGUCUGUCAUCAUUUAUUCACUCUUGACUCGUUCCAAAUCAGCUUGCGUUUCUUUUUCAUGUUGAACACAAAAGAAGAUGUAUUAAAUGUUGGGUGAACUCUCUUUUUAAUGGUAGUUUGAGUAAAUUCAUAUGUGUCCACUAGAGGGAAGUGCGGUUACACGCGGAUACUUUCUAUUCAUGUUUAUUGCAAGCGCUGUUUCAGCAAGACGGCUAACUUAUCUGUUGUUCAAAAGGUUUAGGGUCUGUAGAGUUUUAAAUAAAAAACUGCAUUUAUUUUAUUUAAGUUAUUAAACAACUGUUAUUUGACCAAAUAGAAAUAUUUAAAUAAUA